CGAUGCAGGGGCGGCUCUGGCAGCAGCCUUGUUAGGGUCAACUGGGGCCGCGGGGGCCAAAUCGGACUCCAGAGGCAACGGCCCUCUACCCGGAGGAGGCGGGCUCAUGGAGGAGAUGAGCGCCUUAUUGGCAAGAAGAAGAAGAAUUGCUGAGAAGGGCUCUUCACCCGAACCCGAUCAGAAAUCAGAGGAGAAUGAGAUAACAACGACCCCCAAAGUGUCAGCAUGUAGCACACCAGACAUGCCUAGGAAGCCAUGGGAAAGAACAAACAACAAUACUAUGAAUGGUAGCAAGUCACCAGUUAUAGGAAGGUACUGUAUCUUUCCCGGCACUCACUUGAUGCAAUAA